UCACAGGAUAAACAGCAGCAGCUUCUUGGACGAGCAACAGUUUGAGGAAAUCGUCCAAAAAUGGGUCUCUAUGUUUUAAUGAUAGUAGCGGCUUUAUGUUGCGUUACAUCGACACAGUUCAUCCCGCCGUAUACUGAAGACUGUCGGGCAGGCAUGUAUCCACCAAAUGGCCCCACGUUCAGAGGACCUGUCAGUUGGUACACAGUGGACCUCGACUUACCGCCCAGCAAGAGAUGGACGGCUCUAAUUACUGACAAAAAAACAGAUCUGGUCAACAUGAUCCAGGCCAUCAGAGACUUGGCUAACGCUUUUGUGCCCAGUGGAAAGCUGAUUGAGCUCGUUGACGUUACACUGCCGUUAAUGUUGGAUACACUCCCAAACCCUUUCGGUGAGGAAAUCAAAGGAAUUGCAGAAGUUUCAGGGAUUCCUCUUGGUGAAGUUGUCCUGUUCAACAUCUUCUAUGAGGUGUUCACUGUGUGCACAUCAGUUGUUGCAGAAGACAAUAAGGGUAACCUACUCCAUGGUAGAAAUCUGGAUUUUGGAUUAUUUAUGGGCUGGGAUCUAAAAAACAAGUCAUGGAUCAUCAGUGAGAAGCUGAAGCCUCUGGUGGUCAACCUCAACUUCAAGAGGAAUAACCAGACUGUCUUUAAGUCUACAAACUUUGCUGGAUAUGUUGGCAUGCUGACUGGCAUCAAGCCUCACAUGUUCACUCUGACUAUGAAUGAGCGCUUCAGCCUCGACGGAGGAUACAUUGGAAUCCUGGAGUGGAUCUUGGGAAAGAGAGAUGGGAUGUGGAUGAGCUUCCUCACUCGCUCUGUUCUAGAAAAUGCACACAGCUACGAAGAAGCCAAAACUCUCCUGGCUCAGACCAAGCUGCUGGCUCCAGCUUACUUCAUCCUUGGAGGAAACCAGACGGGCCAGGGCUGCAUCAUCACCAGGUCCAGACUGCUCAGUAUUGAUAUCCUGGAGUUAGACCCUAAAAUGGGAAGGUGGUACGUCCUGGAGACAAACUACGAUCACUGGAAGGAGCCUUUGUUCCUGGAUGAUCGCAGAACUCCUGCUACAAAGUGCAUGAACCAGACAACACAGACGAACAUUUCACUGAAGACCAUGUAUGAUGUCCUAUCAACCAAACCAGUGCUAAACAAGUUGACUACAUACACCACACUGAUGCAAGUGUCUGAGGGAAAACUGGAGUCGUAUAUCCGCGACUGCCCAAACCCCUGCAUGCCCUGGUAACGGACCAACAUCUGAACCCUGAUCAGUUUGUAAAUGCCUACCUGCAUGGAGAAGCUGUAAUGGAGACAUGCUCUGCUGAUCAUGGAAGAGAAUUUAGGUUGUUUCUUCUAACUGUUUGCACAGCUACCAAAUCACUGGAACCAAAGUUUGUCUUGACAUUUUGCUUUUCAGACAAAUCAAGAAUACUGCUUUGAUAAGAAAACUAAUUUUUUAUUCUUUUCAUGAGGGAAAUUGGCACAAAAGUUAAUCGAACUUGUAAAUUCAAUGUUAUUUUUACUGUGAUUUAUGUGUGUUAUUGUGUCCAGCAAUGGAUCUCAACACGGCCAAAGGGACCCCUGAGAUAAAUGCUUGUGUGUAAUUUAAUUACUGUAAAAUAUUGUUCCAUUUAUGAUGAAUUUCUUAAAUCUUCCCACACAUCAUUUUGUGCCUCCACACUGUGGUCCUGAUUAAGUUUUUUUUUUUUUUUUUUUUUUUUUUUUUUUUUUUUUAAUAUCUGGGUUGCAAUUCAAAAUGUUACUUACAGGAACUGUCACACCACAUGACCACUUCACACACUGAUACUGACAAAUGUGCCUCAUAGUGGACCACUUCCUUUUUGGUUUUUAAGAUGAUUAAUAAAAU